AUGUUCGCCGACAAGACAUCGAAUGGCCCCAAGAUUGGUCCCAAUGGAGAUGAAAAAAGCCCUCGUCGUCUCUCGUUUGGUCUCCCAGCACUCCCGUCCUCUUUGACCAACAUCCACAAGAAGACCAAGAAGACCAGUCCAUCCAUGCGCUCCGUCAUUCACAAUCCGCAGCGAGAAGCUGCCUUUCCCGAUCGCCGCUGCAAGAAAGGUGUCGCCAAAACGGGAGGAAUUGUGUCCACUCCUCGUCUCUUUGUCAAUCCUCCCGUUUGUGCCAUGACACGUGGAAAGUCGCAAAGCGUCCGGAAUACCAUGGGUGUGCCAAUGGUCGAUGCCGUCACUGCUCUCAGUGGCGGGGGUGGCGGCAAGCCUCGCAAGGAGGACAAGAUGAAUUACUCGGUCAACAGAGACGUCGCCACCGCCGUCGUCAGCGCUUCCAGCAUGAUGGCUGCUCCACCCUCCAUGACAAUGACCAAGGGAGGCAUGGCCACGUCUCGCAGAACACUUGGAAUUCCCAUGGUCUAA